GCAGGGUCGGCUGGCGCGCGAAGAUGGCGGCGGCGGCGGCGGCUGCGGAGCAGAGUUCCAAUGGUCCAGUGAAGAAGUCCAUGCGUGAGAAAGCUGUGGAGAGGAGGAACGUUAAUAAAGAGCACAACAGCAACUUUAAAGCUGGCUAUAUCCCGAUCGAUGAGGACCGGCUCCAUAAAACAGGACUGAGAGGGAGAAAGGGAAAUCUAGCCAUCUGCAUCAUUAUCCUCUUGUUCAUCCUGGCCAUCAUCAAUUUAAUUAUAACCCUCGUUAUCUGGGCGGUGAUUCGCAUUGGGCCAAAUGGCUGUGACAGCAUGGAGUUUCAUGAGAGCGGGCUGCUCCGCUUCAAGCAAGUCUCUGACAUGGGAGUCAUCCAUCCGCUCUAUAAGAGCACGGUAGGAGGAAGGCGGAACGAAAACCUUGUCAUCACCGGCAACAACCAGCCUAUUGUUUUUCAGCAAGGAACGACAAAGCUCAGUGUAGAAAAGAACAAAACAUCUAUUACAAGUGACAUUGGCAUGCAGUUUUUCGACCCUCGAACUCAGAACAUCUUAUUCAGCACAGACUACGAAAACCAUGAGUUUCAUUUGCCAAGUGGAGUGAAAAGUUUGAAUGUUCAAAAAGCAUCGACUGAAAGGAUUACCAGCAGUGCUACUAGUGACUUAAAUAUAAAAGUUGAUGGGCGUGCUAUUGUGCGUGGAAAUGAAGGCGUGUUCAUCAUGGGGAAAACCAUCGAGUUUCACAUGGGUGGGAAUAUGGAGCUGAAGGCAGAGAACAGCAUCAUCCUAAAUGGAACUGUGAUGGUCAGCCCCACUCGCCUGCCCAGCCCCUCUGGUGCUGAUCAGUUUGGUAGCGGUGACUGGGUGCGCUACAAGCUGUGCGUGUGUGCCGACGGGACCCUCUUCAAGGUGCUGGUGACCGGCCAGAACAUGGGCUGCCAGGUCUCCGAUAACCCCUGCGGAAACACUCACUAGAAGAGCGGAGAGGUUGUCAGGAUGCUCAUGUCUUGACUUUUUUAAAGAGCGCAUGCAAAUCAUGUUUUUACAGAGUUUGUGAUAACUCCAAAGUAUUUUCCGAGUCCCCUGCAGAUCACGACUUUUUAUGUGUCUCCGUAUUCAAAAGGGCCUAUAUGUUAAUAGGUUUCCUUAAGUUUCACCUUAACUGCAAAUUAAAGAUCUCUAAAAUAAUUAUCAGAAGAACCCAAAUCAGCCAAAGUUAAAUUUGUAAAGAAGUGUAUUUAAAAUCCCACAAAUCCUCAGGUUAAAGCUCUUGCCAUGCACGCAGGUAACCUGGUUCAACCAUGGGCACCUCAACUGGUCCCCUGGGCAUAGAGCCAGGAGUAAACCCUGAGUGUGGCCAAAACUUCCUCACCCACCAGAAGAAUAAAAUCCCACAGUUGCUUGGGCCGGAGAGAUAGCUCAAUGAACUGAGCUCACACUUGGCACCUUGGGGGCCCCGGUCAGACCUCUGGCACCGCAUGGUCCCGAAGCUCAGUCAGGCUCAACCCUCGAGAACUGACAGGCGUAGCCCAAAAUAUAAAUAAUAUAGAAAUAAAAUCCCACAGUUCUUUGUCUAAAGGAUAAGGGGCUGAAGCAAUUGUUUAGAUUCACUAUUCUUUUUUAGUAACUAGUGGCUCUAGGUCCACUUACGAUGUUUAAAUGGUACACCGUUGAAAAAUGUUACAUGCGCUGUCUCUUGGCUUCUGAGAAAGACAGAUUUUACAGCAUCAACUUUCAGCCACAUUCCCACAUGCCAGUGAUUCACUAAAGAGCUUCAUGGUUGUGGAAUGGCAGGAGACUGGUUGCUUGGUUUUGCACAAGGAAAAAAAAUAAUGCUCGAAAAGGAUGCUUCCUUGACUUAUAAUAAGCCUUAAGCGUUCGCAUUGUGAUAGAAAAUCUCAUAUUUAAUUUUUAAUUAUAACUUAUUAUUAUUAUUAUUUUUUUAGUGGUGCCAGGGAUCCAACCCAGGGUGGCAUCCUACAUGCCAAGCAUGUGCUCUGCCACUGAGUUUGAUCACUAGUCCCUGGUCAUAGCUGUCAUUUAUUGAGUAUUUUAUACAUUUAAGCAUUAUGUAGGCUUUGCACGUCGCUCUUACUUUUCCCCACAGCUCUGUGACUAGGUGUGAUGAACCCAGUUGUGCCCUUCAGGAAACAGGAUCAGCAAGGUUCAGAGAUUUCCUUGCCUCCAUGUGACAUAGUAAAUGGCAGUGGUGGGGACAAGAUUGGAAUUCUUUUGUGAUUUAAACUUAGUUACACUUGCUUCCAAACAUGAUGUUCCCCAUCACUGCAGUGAAGUUUUCAUUAUUUAAAACACCAGAAAGGUGGGCCGGAGUGAUAGCACAGCGGGGAGGGCGUUUGCCUUACACAUGGCCGACGCAGAUUUGAUCUCCGGCAUCCCAUAUAGGUCCCCUGAGCACCGCCAGGAGUGAUUCCUGAGUGCAGGAGCCAGGAGUAACCCAUGUGUAAUGCUGGGUGUGACCCAAAAAGCAAAAAAGAAAAAAGGGGAGGGGGCCUGAGCGGUAGCACAGUGGGGAAGGCACUUGCCUAUCCCAGGAUCAACCAGGGUUCAGUCCCAGUGCUCCAAUAUGGUCGAUCCCCCAAGCACUGCCAGGAGUAGAGUGAUUCCUUAGUGCAGUGCCAGGAGUAAGCCCUGAGCAUUGCCGGGUGUGACCCAAAAAGACAAAAAAAAAAAAAAACAAAACCAGAAAGAUAAACAAAGACUAAUUUUUACUCACAUAAGCAGGUAAGAAUAAAAAUAGUGUUCUAGUUGAAAGAAAAUAAAGCAACCACAUUAUCAAAGAAAUGAAUGAUCACUGUCUCGUUUUAAACUAUCUUAUGUGAAUUCCUCAAUAUUAUGUGGGCUCUAGAGAGGUCAUAUGGCUUAGCUGUGCUCGAGCCAGUCUCCCAGUUGAUGGACCGUGCACCCAGCAUACCUGAGUGUGUAAAAUCUCUCCCCUCAGCCGUCCAGGAAGCAGCGGGAAGAAUGCAGGCCAGGGCUCCAGACAGGUGCCCCGGGUGCCAUGCAGACACCCUCUCUUUUAUGUGUGCCCCGUUUUAGGAAACACUGUGAGAGUUGAUCUGCUCCUCAUGUCACCUUUCUAAUGAGUUGUGACUCGUGCCAUUUUAUUUUCAAUGUAUUUUGUAUUUGUCUUCCAGGGAACUCAUUUCAAUAAAUAAGAAAAGCAAUCAAAAACUAGUUUGCAUUCAAUAUUGUCUUUUUGCACUGAUUUAAAAAAAAUGUUUCAAAUGUCUCAGAGAUUUCAAGUACUCUGCAGUACAUUGAAGUCAAGGUUGGUUUACUACUUACUGCUGAGUGUCGCUUUGAAAUGAAGGAAAAGAGAAUGAAAUUCAUGACUUUCGAGCAUAACUUAUAAGUUGUAGUAUUCAGAACCCUUUUGAAUGUGUUCCAGUAUUGUCUGUAUCUGAAUGAUAUUCAGGGGGAAAAAAUCCAUUGAAAUUUUCAGGUGAUGAGAAUAUUUUUAAAUUGUAUAUUCAUUCCUUCUUCUCUCUAUUUAGAUAUGUUUUGAGGUUGAGGUUGUUUUUUUUUUACUGAAACCACGGAAUGCUAUGUUACAAAGUAUUAUUUAUUAAAACCAUACUAUUAUUCAUGAAAUAAUCUAUUUUUACUCCUCUCUGAGAAAUACUUGUUUUGAUACAUGUUCAUUAAGUGCUUUUGACAAGAGAGGCUCUUUUGAGGUUUUUAUAGAAGUGAUUGUUGAAGAAACAGGUAUAAUAUUUUAGGGCACUUUACAGGUUCAUAGGCCUUGCUUGUCCCCUAAGUGUUCACCUGGAAAAUUCACUGAAAAGCAGAACCUUAACAGCCUGUCCGUUGACCUGUCACUUCUUUUUCCUGUCAGUCAAGCCUCAGCUACUCACUCUCACUACCAGAUGGUAUUUUUCUAGACACUCAAGGGCUGCUGUUUUUUUCCUCCUUAGCACUGAGCAUGGAUGUGACAAGGUUUGGGCUUGGGGUGGGGAGGUAGAUGAUGAAGACAGAUUCCAGGAAGAGAGGGCAGGGCGGCGUAUACAUGCUUGUUUGCAAAGGGGAUAGAUGAAAUGAAGGCAAGAUGUUUUAGAGGCGCUCUAAUAGGCAGAUAACAAAAAUGCAGAAUGACCCAAAGAACCGUUACUGAGCUAUAGUAUUUAAACUAGAUAUAUUUGUAUUCUUUUUGCAUUAUGCAAAACAAAACUAUUAUUUUGGUGAUAAAAUUAUAAACACUCUAGCUAGUUUUGAGGGUUUUCUUUAAGAAGGUGAGAAUGUUAAGGUGCUAAAAAAGUUAAAAAGAGAUAGACCAUUGAAAUGCCAAUUACUUUGACAGUGUUUUUUGAAGUGUUGAUGGGGCAGAGAUUACAAAUAAUGCCAUGUUAAACAUGAGCCUGUAAUUCUAUUUUGGAUUGCUAACAUGAGUUUUGGUUAGUUCCAUUUGUAAUAACUAUUAAUGACCUCUGUUUACAAUAAAGAUUCUGUAAAUUG